AAUACCCCUGCUGGUCAUCUGCUUACUGCAGCUGUGUGGGUGUGAGGCGUGCGAAGAGAGCCUUCCCGGAGGCGAAGGGGAUUGCCAGGCGGUUUGUGACAAUGAAUGCAGAGCUCCGGUGCCAUCAGCCCACUUCUGCGACUCUCCCCAUCAGGCGCAGGAACAGAGUAGGCGGAGAGUUGAGCCAGAACUGCGGUGCCUUUGGCACGGCCUCUCAUCUGUCAGGUGGGAGCGGGGACCCCGGGAGAGAGAGCCAGCUCGAGGUCCCAGCAUUCCUCCUGAACCCCUGUCUGCAGGUUUCUGGUCGUGUUCCGUCUCCUCCAGACUAGAUGGCUUAGCUGACCUCUAAGAAAGUGGGCAUGCACAUUCGGAGAGCUUUCUGGGGUACAAGACUGGGCUGCGGGGUACCCUGAACUGGGACCAUCUUAGAGCAAGGCCCAGGUUGCAGCAGGAAAAGUAACAGGCCGCCCACCCCAGCCAUAGCCCCUGCCCUGGCAGGAAGCUCCCAAGAGUAAACACUGCGUAAUGGUCCCGCCCAGCGAGCAGGCCUGUCCCAUCUCACAUCGACCAGAUUUCCAGCCACCAAGGCCACCUCUCAGUCUGCUCCACUCCGCAGGGUGGCUCUCCUGAGGAUGCGCCAGCAUCACUCCCGGGCGAGAUGCCCUCCCCUCUGUGUGGCCGGAAUCCUUGCCUGUGGCUUUCUUCUGGGCUGCUGGGGACCCUGGCAUUUCCAGCAGAGUUGUCUUCAGACUCUGGAGCCAGAGACUGUGUCCUCUUACACGAGCCCUGGUGCUCCCUUAAAAGGCCACCCUCCUUUGUCCGGCUCCCAGAGGCAGAGGCAGAGGCAGAGGCGGGCUGCAGGCGGUAUCCUACAUCUGGAGCUGCUGGUGGCCGCGGGCCCCGAUGUCUUCCAGGCUCACCAGGAGGACACGGAGCGCUACGUGCUCACCAACCUCAACAUCGGGGCAGAACUGCUGCGGGACCCAUCCCUGGGGGCUCAGUUCCGAGUACACCUGGUGAAGAUGGUCAUUCUGACCGAGCCUGAGGGUGCCCCCAAUAUCACAGCCAACCUCACCUCGUCCCUGCUGAGUGUAUGUGGGUGGAGCCAGACCAUCAACCCCAAGGAUGACAUGGAUCCUGGCCAUGCUGACCUGGUCCUCUAUAUCACCAGGUUUGACCUGGAGCUGCCUGAUGGUAACCGGCAGGUGCGGGGGGUCACCCAGCUGGGCGGUGCCUGCUCCCCAACCUGGAGCUGCCUCAUUACCGAGGACACCGGCUUCGACCUGGGAGUCACCAUUGCCCAUGAGAUUGGGCACAGCUUCGGCCUGGAGCACGACGGCGCACCCGGCAGCGGCUGCGGCCCCAGCGGACACGUGAUGGCUUCGGACGGCGCUGCGCCCCGCGCCGGCCUCGCCUGGUCCCCUUGCAGCCGCCGGCAGCUGCUGAGCCUGCUCAGCGCAGGACGGGCGCGCUGCGUGUGGGACCCACCGGGGCCUCAGCCAGGUUCUGCCGGACGCCCGCCCGAGGCGCAGCCUGGCCUCUACUACAGCGCCGACGAGCAGUGCCGCGUGGCCUUCGGCCCCAAGGCUGUCGCCUGCACCUUUGCCAGGGAGCACCUGGAUAUGUGCCAGGCCCUCUCCUGCCACACAGACCCGCUGGACCACAGCAGCUGCAGCCGCCUCCUCGUCCCUCUCCUGGAGGGGACAGAAUGUGGCGUGGAGAAGUGGUGCUCCAAGGGCCGUUGCCGCUCCCUGGUGGAGCUGACCCCCAUAGCAGCAGUGAAUGGGCACUGGUCUAGCUGGGGUCCCCCAAGUCCUUGCUCCCGAUCCUGCGGAGGAGGUGUGGUCACCAGAAGGCGGCAGUGCAGCAACCCCAGACCUGCCUUUGGGGGGCGUGCGUGUGUUGGUGCUGACCUCCAGGCCAAGAUGUGCAACACUCAGGCCUGCGAGAAGACCCAGCUGGAGUUCAUGUCAGAACAGUGCGCCAGGACCGAUGGCCAGCCACUGCACUCCUCCCCUGACGGCACCUCCUUCCACCACUGGGGCGCUGCCGUGCCACACAGCCAAGGGGAUGCUCUGUGCAGACACAUGUGCCGGGCCGUUGGCGAGAACUUCAUCAUGAAGCGUGGAGACAGCUUCCUGGAUGGGACCCGGUGUGUGCCAAGUGGCCCCCGGGAGGACGGGACCCUGAGCCUGUGCGUGUCAGGCAGCUGCAGGACGUUUGGCUGUGAUGGCAGGAUGGACUCCCAGCAGGUAUGGGACGCAUGCCACGUGUGUGGUGGGGACAACAGCACGUGCAGCCCCCGGAAGGGCUCUUUCACAGCUGGAAAAGCCGGAGAAUAUGUCACAUUUCUGACGGUUACCCCCAACCUGACCAGUGUCUACGUCGCCAACCACCGGCCCCUCUUCACACACUUGGCGGUGAGGAUCGGAGCACGCUACGUGGUGGCUGGGAAGUCGAGUAUCUCCCCUAGCACCACCUACCCCUCCCUCCUGGAGGAUGGCCGUGUCGAGUACCGAGUGGCCCUUACCGAAGACCGGUUGCCCCGCCUGGAGGAGAUCCGCAUCUGGGGACCCCUCCAGGAAGACGCUGAGAUCCAGGUUUAUAGACGGUACGGCGAGGAGUAUGGCAACCUCACCCGCCCAGACGUCACCUUCACCUAUUUCCAGCCUAAGCCACGGCAGGCCUGGGCGUGGGCCGCUGUGCGCGGGCCCUGCUCAGUGAGCUGUGGGGCAGGGCUGCGCUGGGUAAACUACAGCUGCCUGGACCAGACCAGGAUGGAGCGGGCGGAGACUGCCCAGUGCCGAGGGAGCCAGCAGCCACCAGCUUGGCCAGAGGCCUGCGUGCUCGAACCCUGCCCUCCGCACUGGGCAGUGGGAGACUUCGGCCCGUGCAGCGCCUCCUGUGGGGGUGGCCUGCGGGAGCGGUCAGUGCGCUGCGUGGAGGCCCACGGCAGCCUCCUGAAGACAUUGCCCCCAGCCUGGUGCCGAGCAGAGGCCCAGCAGCCAGCUGUGGUAGAAACUUGCAACCCCCAGCCCUGCCCUGCCAGGUGGGAGGUGUCAGAGCCCAGCCCACGCACAUCUGCCCGUGGAGCAGGCCUGGCCUUGCAGAAUGAGACCGAUAUGCCGGGGGCAGUUAGCCUGGAGGCUCCAGCGACUGUGGGGCCCGGCUCCAUAGACCAGAAGCUGCCUGCCCCUGAGCCCUGUACCAGGAUGACAUGCCCUCCAGGCUGGGGCCAUCUGGAUGCCGUCUCUGCAGGGGAGGAGGCUCUCUCCCCAUGGGGCAGUACCAGGACGUGGACUGGAGCUGCACCUGUGUGGACCCCUCUGGCGGGGCCGUGCUCCGUCUCCUGUGGGCGAGGCCUGAUGGAGCUGCGUUUCCUGUGCAUGGACUCUGCCCUCAGGGUGCCUGCCCAGGAGGAGCUGUGUGGCCUGGCAAGCAAGCCUGGGAGCAGGUGGGAGGUCUGCCAGGCUAUCCCGUGCCCUGCUCGAUGGCGGUACAAGCUGGCGGCCUGCAGCGUGAGCUGUGGGGGAGGGGUCGUGCAGAGGAUCCUGUAUUGUGCCCGGGCCCAUGGGGAGGACGAUGAUGAAGAGAUCCUGUUGGACACCCAGUGCCAGGGACUGCCUCGCCCAGAACCCCAGGAGGCCUGCAGCCUGGAGCCCUGCCCACCUAGGUGGAAAGUCAUGUCCCUUGGCCCAUGCUCAGCCAGCUGUGGCCUUGGCACUGCUAGACGCUCGGUGGCCUGUGUGCAGCUCGACCAAGCCCAGGACGUGGAGGUGGACGAGGCGGCCUGUGCGGCUCUGGUGCGGCCCCAGGCCAGCGUCCCCUGUCUCAGUGCUGAUUGUACCUACCGCUGGCAUGUCGAAGCCUGGACGGAGUGCUCUGUUUCCUGUGGGGACGGCAUUCAGCGCCGGCGUAACAUCUGCCUGGGACCCCAGGCCCAGGCGCCUGUGCCCACAGCCUUCUGCCAGCACUUGCCCAAGCCGGUGACUGUGCGUGGCUGCUGGGCUGGGCCCUGUGCGGGACAGUGGACGCCCAGCCUGGCGCCCCACGAAGAAGCCACUGCUCCAGGACGGACCACAGCCACCCCUGUUGGUGCUUCUCUCGAGUGGUCCCAGGCCCAGGCCCUGCCCUUCUCCCCGGCUCCCCAGCCUUGGCGGCUCCUGCCCGGGCACCAGAAAAGCCCAGCGCAGUCCAGUGCCUGUGGCAGGCAGCUCCUUGAGCCGACAGGAACCAUUGACAUGCGAGGCCCAGGGCAGGCAGACUGUGCAGUGGCCAUUGGGCGGCCCCUUGGGGAGGUGGUGACCCUCCGCGUCCUUGAGAGCUCUCUCAACUGCAGCGCGGGGGAGAUGUUGCUGCUUUGGGGCCGGCUUACCUGGAGGAAGAUGUGCAGGAAGCUGUUGGGCGUGACGUUCAGCUCCAAGACCAACACGCUGGUGGUGAGGCAGCGCUGCAGGCGGCUGGGAGGCGGCGUGCUGCUGCGGUACGGGAGCCAGCCUGCCCCGGAAACCUUCUACAGAGAAUGUGACAUGCAGCUCUUUGGGCCUUGGGGUGAAAUCGUGAGCCCCUCACCGAGUCCAGCCACGAGGAAUGCAGGGGGCUGCCGGCUCUUCAUCAAUGUGGCUCCACAUGCCCGGAUUGCCAUCCGUGCCCUGGCCACUGACAUGGGCACUGGGACCGAGGGAGCCAAUCACAGCUACAUCUCGAUCCGGGACAUCCACAGCUUGAGGACCACAACAUUCCGUGGGCAGCAGGUGCUCUACUGGGAGUCAGAGAGCAGCCAGGCUGAGAUGGAGUUCAGCGAGGGCUUCCUGAAGGCAAAGGCCAGCCUGCGGGGCCAGUACUGGACUCUCCAAUCUUGGGUGCCAGAGCAGGACCCUCAGUCCUGGAAGGGAAAGGAAGGAACCUGACGGUCGUUGAACAUCUGUUACGUGUCUGGCCAGCCCUGGAGGGUUGACCUCUGGUCUCAGUGCUUUCCAAUUCUAACUUUCUCCAAUCUUAGAGAUCUACUUGAGAGUCCUCUCCAAUGUCCAAAAGGCUAGAGGGUUGGAGGUGGGGACUUUGGAAAGGCAGCCCCCAUUUCCUCGGGUACCAAUAAAUAAAACAUGCAGCCU